AAGUGAAACUUGAAACUGCAUCCAGGAGGUGGGGUGGGGCUGGAGGUCGGCUGCCCUGCCCAGAUCAGGCCGGGGUGGGUGUGUCCCUCCACUCUCCACUCGUCCUGGGCCAUUGGAAUAAGUUCUGGGGCCCAGGACCACCCUGUGCCCUAUUCCUUGCAGACCCCUUCUGUCUUUUGAAGGCAGUGAUUCCGGAGUUGUCAGUCUCCAGACCUUGUCACGUGCUUUGGUGUUGAAGGGGCUUUGACCUGGAGCCGUGAGGAUAAUGACAGCCUUUUUUCCAUCAGAAAAAUACAUAUAGGACUUACUUUGUAGGGUUGUUCUGAGAGUUAAAUGGGGGAGGUAUGGAUAGCUCCCGGCAGUUGAUAAACUGUUCAAAACCUAACUUUGCCAAAGAGAAAUGGAAAUUGCCUUUGAAGUGUUCGCACAGGUUGAGUUCAAUUUUAGUAAGAAACGUGGCAGGUAGGGCCCGUGCCAGCCGCUAAAGUCAUGGAACACAGUCACUGUAAGACCUGCCUCAUGGGUUUGCAUGGCCUCUCAGAGCCCGGUGAUUGUUCCUAGCAGGUCCUUGAAGCUGCUGUGUGCUUCCCUUCAGCGUCAAGGCUUCCACACUGCCGGGGGUCACUACAAGGGUCGCACCGGCGCUGAGCAUCUGUGGCUGACACGGCAUUUGAAGGACCCAUUUGUGAAGGCUGCGAAGGUGGAGAGUUACCGGUGUCGAAGUGCCUUCAAGCUUCUGGAGGUGAACGAGAGGCACCAGAUCCUGCGGCCUGGCCUCCGGGUGUUAGACUGUGGGGCGGCUCCAGGCGCGUGGAGCCAGGUGGCUGUGCAGAGGGUCAACGCCGCAGGCACAGAUCCUGGCGCUCCUGUUGGCUUUGUGCUUGGGGUAGAUCUUCUUCACAUCUUCCCCCUGGAAGGAGCGACUUUUCUGUGCCCUGCUGAUGUGACUGACCCAAGAACCUUCCAGAGAAUCCGAGAACUGCUUCCUGGAGGGAGAGCAGAUGUAAUUCUCAGCGACAUGGCACCCAACGCCACAGGGAUCCGGGGCCUCGAUCACGACAGGCUCAUUAGCCUGUGCUUGUCCCUUCUGGACUUGGCUCCAGACACCCUGUGCCCUGGGGGAACAUUCCUUUGUAAAACCUGGGCUGGAAGUCAAAGCCAUCGGUUACAGAAGAGACUGACAGAGGAAUUCCAGAACACGAAGACUGUGAAACCUGAAGCCAGCAGGAAAGAGUCUUCAGAGGUGUACUUCUUGGCCACACAGUACCGAAGAGGGAAGGGGUCUGUGAAGGCCUGAGGGUUUCUUCCGCCUCUUCUGGUCCCUUUUGACUGCAGACGUAGCCUGAGCUCUUUCCUGAAGUGCAGCUGGGGAGACAGAGCUGGAUCUGAUCCCGGCCACGCAGCAGGCAGGACAAGUGGGGACCGUUUUUGUAAAAUCAAAAAGAUAGGACAAAGUAUAUUCAGUGUCCAUGAUAUAUGAUAACAGUCUCUCUAACAUGAUUUGUGAGGAGGAAGUUAUGAGGAAGAGACAGGCAGAGGUAACAGGAAGAGAAGAUAGACUGAGGAAGAUAGACACGAACACGCUGAGGCAGAGAUGCACGCACACACACUUGUAUGUCAGUGCUCGUCUUGCAGACUGUCAGCACGUUACAGAGAAACGGCUUCCACUGCGGCUCCUAGAACACAGCACACAGGUUUCCAGUUGUUAUUUUGGCUUUCCAGUGCAAUGUAGAAAAGUGAAAUUUCAGCCUGGGGAUUAAUUUCCAUCUCUCUGGUGAAUGAUCUAGAAACACAUCCAUUCUUCAAGCAGCGCAGAGUUCCCAGAGCAAUUAAGGAAGACAUUUGGUAUGAAUUAUGCAUGGGGUGGUGUGCUUUGGUUUUUGCCGCGAAUAUGCGUUGCUUGCUGUAAUGCCCCAAGCUCCCGAGACCAUAAAGGUAAUUGCCAAAGCAA